AUGCUUGGCCAAGUUACUUUUGGCUGGAUAGACAAGCGUUGCAAACAAGCAACUGGUUACUAUGACGGAGUAUUUGGUGGAAAAUCUCUGAUUUUGACUGGUGAUCCAGGUCAGUUACCACCUGUUGCUGACAAACCUCUGUAUCAUGCUAAACCAUCAAAUGCUGUUGGUGAACAAGGUUAUCAAGCAUAUCGUAUGUUCAACAAUGUUGUUAAACUCACUGAUAAUCAACGAGUACAAGGUAAUACACCAGAACAGGUACAGUUCAGAGAUUUAUUGCUACGACUUCGCAAAGGCGACUCAACAGCUGAUGACUGGGAAUUACUUCUGACUCGUCAACCAUCCAACAUCACUAACUUAUGUGAGUUUGAAGAUUCUACUAGACUAUUCUAUAGUAAUGAACAAGUUGGCAAUUACAACCAUGAACAACUAACAAAACUUGAGCAUCCAAUUGCUCAUAUCAAUGCCUGUCAUUCAUCUUCAUUGGCAAAAAAGAUAUUUCCAGACGACAUGUCUGGGUUAGAACCAGUUGUAUUUCUAGCAAAAGGUGCUAGGGUAAUUUUGACAAUGAAUCUAUGGUCGAGUGUAGGCCUCUGCAAUGGGGCUACUGGAACGGUUGUUGAUUUCAUUUAUCAGAACAACCAUCAACCACCUGACUUACCUAUUGCAGUAAUAGUAGAAUUUGAGAACUAUAGAGGUCCUGUAUUUGAUGAAAGCCAACCGCUGUGCAUUCCAAUAUGUCCCAUCACUGUUUCAUGCCAGACAGAAAUAGGUUUUCAUGAGAGGCAACAGUUACCUCUUAGGCUUGCCUGGGCUCUAACAAUACACAAGACCCAGGGACUCAGUCUUCCAAAAGCAUGGAUUGAUAUUGGGAAAUCUGAGAGAACUGCUGGAGUCUCUUAUGUUGCUAUUAGUAGGACAAAAACACUUGCAUCUUGUGUCAUUGAACCUAUGACUUAUGAACGAUUAGCCAGAUUGAAAUCAUCUGGUAAUUUACAGUAUAGGCUUGAAGAAGAGAACAGGCUUGAUCAGUUAGCACAUAGUACGAACAGUGCAUUUAGAACAAACCAUUCAGUUUGA